AUGGCAGCAGUCGACUGUCCCAUCUGCAACAAGCCCGUCAAGGAGACGCUGAUCAACUCCCACAUCGACUCGGGCUGCCAAAACCACAUCUUCAACACCGAACGAACGUCUUCGCCGCCCGCGGCGACACAAUUAAAUGGCAGCUCUACACUCACCUCAUCACAAGCCAAAAGGCCCGCUUCAUCCUUCUUCUCAACGCCCGCACCGAAGCGCCAUGCCCCUCCGGCCAAAGUCCUCACGACCCCCUCCAAUGGUAUGACGACGACGACGACGGCAACCACAUCCACCCGCCAAAUGGCGGGAGUGAAACGAAGCUUCGACGACGGGCCAGGCGCUCUCCCCUCCCCCAUGGCCACAGCCACCGACACCGAUAGCGAUGCGGCGAACCAACAACCGCCACCAGAGACCGGUCCCUCAGCGAAGCGCACAAAGACGGCCCGCGCGGCGCCGCUGGCAGAGCGCAUGCGGCCCAGGACCCUAGAUGAGGUCUGCGGGCAGGACCUUGUCGGCCCGCACGGCGUGCUGCGCUCGCUCAUCGAGUCGGACCGCGUGCCGUCCAUGAUUCUCUGGGGCGGCUCCGGGACCGGCAAGACGACGAUUGCGCGGUGCAUCGCGCACAGCGUCGGCUCGCGCUUCAUCGAAAUGAACGCCACAUCAUCCGGCGUGGCCGAGUGCAAAAAGCUCUUUGCCGAGGCGGCCAACGAGGGCGCCCUGACGGGUCGCAAGACCAUCAUCUUUUGUGAUGAGAUCCACCGCUUCUCCAAGUCACAGCAAGAUGUGUUUCUCAAGCCCGUCGAGGCCGGGACCAUCACCCUCAUUGGCGCGACGACGGAGAACCCUUCCUUCCGGGUCCAGGCCGCGCUGCUCUCGCGCUGCAGGACGUUCACCCUCUCCAAGCUCUCCAGCGAGGACGUGGCGCGGAUCCUGCUCCGCGCCAUUGACGAGGAAUCGAAAACGAACAACUACCCCGGCAGCCCCCUCGUCGACGCAGAGCUGGUGACGUACCUGGCCGCCUUUUCCGACGGCGACGCCCGCACGGCGCUCAACCUCCUCGAGCUCGCCCUCUCGCUCUCGACGCGGGCCGGCACGACAAAGGAGAGCAUAAAAGCCUCGCUGACCAAGACGCUCGUGUACGACCGCGCGGGCGACCAGCACUACGACACGAUAUCAGCCUUCCACAAGGCCGUGCGCGGCUCCGACGCCGACGCGGCGCUGUAUUACCUGGCGCGCAUGCUGCAGUCGGGCGAAGAUCCCUUGUUUGUCGCGCGGCGGAUGGUGGUUAUUGCGUCAGAGGACGUUGGGCUUGCGGAUAACUCCCUGUUGCCGCUCGCGACGGCGGCGUACACCGCCGCGCAGCAGAUUGGGAUGCCCGAGGCGCGGAUACCGCUCGCGCACUGCGCCGUUGCGCUGAGUCUUGCGCCGAAGAGCACGCGGGCGUAUCGGGGGUUGAAUAAUGCGUACGCGGCGUUGAAGGAGCCCGGAGCGGCGGCGUUGCCUGUGCCGUUGCAUUUGCGGAAUGCGCCGACGCGGUUGAUGAGGGAGAUGGGGUACGGGGCCGAGUAUAAGUACCCUCCUAAUUAUCGGGGCGGGCGGGUGAGGCAGGAGUAUUUGCCGGAUGAGCUUGUGGGGAGGAGGUUUUUGGAGGAGAGGGAUUUGGGGACCGAGGUUGAUCCAGAUCUAGAGAUGGAGACGGAGUCGUGA